AUGACAACUGCGCAUACAAUUAAUUUGCGCAAUUCUUACCAAUUGCUGGGGGAAUUGGUAACUGGUUAUCAACAAAAAAUUGAUGACACCAACAAAACAGAGUUCAACGUGCACGGUAUACAUGACAUCGAACAUUUGAAUAUUAAGAUAAAUGGGUUUGAUAGAGCCUAUAACAAUUUACAUAGCUCCAUCAAAACGAUUGAGGAUAUACACGAAUCCUUGAGGAAGAUUGAAGAAAUAAUGGGAGAAGAUCAUUUGGAGGAGAUAAAAACCUUAUACAAUCCCAUUAUGGAGAACACUGUGUUUCAAGAACAUUUUUCAACUGCAAAAAGACAGUUGAUCCACAUGGAAAAUAUCAUCGAAAACCUAAGAGAAUUCAAGGUAAAGGGAGAAAAACAUCUAAAAAUGAUCCAUGAUCAGGAGCUAGCCAAUGAACCUAAGGAGAUGAGUAAUUCAGAGGAUCUGAUCCGAAAUCUUCAAAAGACAUUUGGAGAUAUGACUAAGGCCAUUGGAAAGAAUAUGGCGUUGAAAUCUCAUCAAGGGUAUAUUCUCCCUUCCUUUGACGGGAAUAUCGAGAACUUUAAUUCCUACUGGGGAAGAUUCAAAAGGAUUGUUGAUGAAAAUAAUGAUCUUGAAAUUCUUGAUAAGGUGAAUUUGCUCUGCGAAGGGUUAUCCGGAAAGGCUUUGGCAGCAAUUCAAGGAAUCGAACCAGAUGCAAAGAAUUAUGAGAAAAUAAAGAAAUUGCUCAUCGAGGAGUUUGGUGCUUAUACUGCCAACAAGUAUCAUCUUAUUAACAAAUUGAAAGCUACAAAAAGAGCUGCUGAUAACGCUAAAGAAUGCAUUCGGACAUUGAGAGAAAUAAAAACGAUAUUGCGCCAACUUGAAUCAGCAGGCGGCAUCAUUUCUCCUGAGCUCUGCUUAUCAGAAGUAACUGAUAAGUUUCCUUUCCACAUAAUAAGGAAAAUUGUUACAAACAAAAGCCAACAAUGGACAGUGGAUGGCAUACUCGAGACCAUUACACAUAAUGUUCAAGCUUUAGAGUUAGAAGAACAAGGUGAAAAAUCUCAUAAGGGAGAAUUUUAUCCAAAUCAGCUUGAAAAAUCCUAUCCGAAAGAUCACAAAAGUUUUGAACCCCGUAAACAAUGGCCAUGUCUGUUUUGCAAUAGUGUCGGGCACAAGUCUCAUCUUUGCAAUAUCAUAACAAAAGUACAGGAUAAAAGAAAUAUCCUGAAAAAAUACAACAGAUGCUGGGUGUGCUUCAGCCCACAACACAAAAGUCAAGAAUGCAAGAAAGACAGAUGUCCCAUCUGUAAAGGGGAUCACAGCAGUUCGAUCUGUUUGAAGGGUAAUGAGGAAGGUUUAAAAACCGAAAGAAUAGUAUCGAAUGUGCAAAUUGAAGAAAGCAAUCCGAAAAAGAGUACAGGCAGUGCAGAUUAUAAGGAUAGUAACGAAUUCGCGAUUAUUCCUGUAAUAUUAAAUCACGUUGAGAACGAAGAUGAAGCUGAUCAACACGUUAUACUACGCUCGGCGAAGGCAUACGUCAUGAAUAACAAAACACAACGUUUUGAACCGAUAAGUAUUUUAAUUGAUGAAGGUUCCAUGAAGUCAUUCAUCAAAACUGACGUUGCAAAGAAACUAGGUGUGAGACAUUCUGAACCUCAGAUGCAAACCAUAUAUGGAAUAGGUGGAAUGUCUGAAACAGAAAAGUCCAGUAUCGUCGAGUUAAUGUUUUGCACGUCAGAAGGCAAUGUCAUAGUUACAAAAAUGAUGACCAAGGCAACUUUAACAGCACCAAUUCAGAGUCCUAUGUUAGACGCAAAAGAUCGAAAGUUUAUCAACGAAAAUAAUAUCACUUUGGCAAACUCUUCUACAAACGGAGAAUUGUUUUCUCCAGAUGUUAUACUAGGUAUGGACCGAUACCGACAUUUCGUACCAUUAAAUCAAGAAGUCGGUCUGCCAUCCGGAUUGAUAAUGAAGAAAACCAUUUUCGGCUUCACUAUUAACGGAGCUGUAGACCAAUCUACAGUUCAACAUUCAUUAUCUUGCCUUACAACUCCAACCAAUAUGGAGUAUGAUAUGAUAAAAGACAUAUUUGAGAUAGAUAGCUUGGGAAUCAGCACCGAUGACUUUAAACAAGAACAACUGAAUGGGUUUUAUCAUAACUAUGCAGGAAAUCUUACAAUCACAAAUGAUCGAAUUUCUGCGGUACUUCCGCUUAAAUCAAAUGUUGGACAAUUAAAAGAUAAUUUCUAUCCAGCGUUCCACCGCCUCAAAGCAUUAUGGUCUAGACUAGCUAUCAAUCAACCACAGCUGGAACAAUACAUGUUCACGUUGAAUAACUACUGUUUGAAAGAUAUAAUAGAAAGGGCUCCACAUCAAACUUCCGGUCAAAAAUUUUAUCUACCGCACCGAGGAGUUUGGAAGAUUGAAAAACCAAAUCCACUUCGCAUUGUAUUUGAUGGAUCUGCUAAACAGAAAGAAUCUCCUUCGUUAAACGAAGUAAUGCACACAGGAUUAUCGUAUGUUAACAAAAUCCAUGACAUAAUCGUGCUAUGUCGGGUUAAAAGAAUACUGAUCACUUGUGAUAUCGAAUCGGCAUUCUUGCAAAUAGAAUUGAAGGAAAAAGAUCGUGAUUUUUGCCGGUUCCUUUGGCUGAAUGAUCCUGAGAGACCAGUAGAUAUGGCAAAUUUAUGUGAAUACAGGUUCAAACGCCUACCGUUUGGACUAACUGCGUCACCUAGUAUCUUGAAUAUGUGUUUAACUUGGUUUCUAAACAACUCAGACAUGCCUAUAGCUAAAGAAAUUCUUCAAUGUCUGUACGUGGACAACAUUAUUCUGUUUGCCGACACAGACCAAGAAGCUAUUAAUAAAUGCAAACUGGUCAAGGAACUUUUCCAGAAAAUAUCCAUGAAUGUUAGACAAUUUCUAUCCAAUCAUUUUGCGGUAACACAAGACAUGCCCGAAGAAGAUAAGUAUCCCUUGAAGGAGAUUAAAAUACUGGGAAUCCCCUACAACCCAAUAGAAGAUACUUUGGCGGUUCAAAUAGGUAUACCUCCUAUUUCUGAUUAUACUAAACGAGGACUACUACGUCAAUUACAUUCUAUUUAUGACCCCAUCGGUGUUAUAAAUCCGGUAUUAGUUAAAUUGAAGCUUAUAAUGAGAAAGGUUUGUUCUUCCAAAAUCACCUGGGAUGACAAGUUACCAGCUGAUGAUAUAGAUGAAUGGGUUGCGGUAAUAAACGACAUUCAGACAGUAGAUCAACUCGUCAUAAAAAGAGUAUCUCCUACAAUACUGUCAGACCCGAUAUUGUGGGUCUUUGCAGAUGCAAGCGCUUCUGCUAUUGCAUGUUGUGCAUAUUUCGAGUAUCCUAAUCGAGUCUCAUCAUUGAUCAGCGGAAAAUCACGACUUGCACCAAUAAAUAAAAAUUUGACAAUCCCUAGAUUGGAGCUGUUAGCGAUUCGAUUAGGAGCAAGGCUAGCAUUAUCAAUCCAUAAGAUGAUUCCUGACAUAUCACAAGUCAACUUAGUCAGCGAUAGCUCCAUAGCCCUGUCUUGGUUAACAAAUGGAAAGAGUCUGCCGGCCUAUGUGACGCAUCAAGUUGUAGAGACCAAUAAACUUUUAUGGAACAUUAUGUCGAACGGAAGCCGAGUGCAACUUUAUCAUGUUAAUACCGAUUACAAUCCUGCUGAUGUCGGUUCACGAGGAUGCAACAUGGAGAACCUUGAGUUAUCAUACUGGGCUAGGGGACCAUCCUGGCUGCUUCGCGAUAUCCGAGAAAAGAUAUUAACAAAGUAUGACAAAAAAGAUGAUUUUCCUCAGGUCCAGCUAAUCCAAGUGGAACCAGAAUCUGUAGUAUCCAGUAGAGCACCACUCUCUUAUAAUUUAGCAUACAAAGAAUCCCAUUAUGCUAAUCUACGCAUAUUAGUGAUGACUUGCAAAUGCUUGCGCACAUGGAUAAAAAAGGUUUUUCCUGAACGCACGUUGACGACGGCCUUAAGCUUAAUGUCCCUCAAUCCCAUAACUACCGCAGAUGACAUUAAAGCAAUCGAACAGUUAUUAACCAGACAAGCACAGACAGGGUUAGAUUUGAAAACAUUGGAAAAAAGACAUAAAGGGUUUUUAUUUUUCAUUGAUGUAAACGGCAUCAUACGUAUUAAAAGUAGACUGCAGAACGCCGCCCUGCCAUAUGAGACUAAAAAUCCGAUUUAUUUGCCUCAAUCAUCACCUUAUUCGAAACAUCUCAUUAUGCACUUCCAUCGAGAAACUAUGCAUCAAGGCAAAGAUUUUGUUUUGAUUAGGCUUAGACAAGAAUAUUAUGUUGAUAGACCCAGUCCAACAAUAAAAAAAGUAAUUAAAGAUUGUGUUGUAUGCAAAAGAUUUCAUACUCUACCAUAUGGAGCACCUAACAUGCCAUCCUUACCUAAAGAUAGAGUGGUGAUUACUAAGCCCUUCGUGAACUCUGGAUGUGACCUAUUGGGGCCUAUUGCGCUUAAAGAUAAAGAAAAGGUGUAUGUAUGUCUAUUCACGUGCUUGACAACCAGAGCAAUACAUCUUGAAUUAAUCACUGAUCAAUCAGCCAAGGCCUUUUUGAACGCAUUUGAUCGUUUUAUAUCCCGAAGGGGACUUCCUGAGAUUAUGCGUAGUGACUGUGCAGGCAAUUUUACGCUCAGUGCGAAAAUGCUUGACAUCUUUGAUCAAACAAAAGAUUUACAAUUGUCAAAUGAAGGACUCGUAUCCUACUUCUCUACCAAGAAAAUAAGAUGGUUGUUCAACACACCACUUUCUCCUUGGAAGGGAGGAUGUUGGGAACGUCUUGUGGGCUUGACUAAGUUAGCACUGCGCAAGGCAAUUGGAAAACGAUUGUUAUCUUUGGAUGAUUUUGCCACAGUUAUUAUAAAAAUUGAAGCCAUUCUGAAUACCAGACCGUUAACUCACCCGGAUCCCAACGAUUUGAAUAGACUACCUAUUCGUCCUAUUGACUUUUUGUGUCCGGUUACAGCAUUUUCAUUACUACCACAAGAAAAUACAAGAGUAUACGACAGUCACACGAGAUUCGAUACUAUCCAAAUUAUAGAACAAGCAGUAGAAGCUAUUCAACUGGGUGAAGAUAUUGCAUCUAAGUUUUGGGAUAGAUUUUCGAAGGAGUAUCUAGUAUACAUCAAAGACAUUUAUAAACACACGCGCAAACAACCGCGAACUACUACAAACAUUCCUCAAGUAGGAGAGGUGGUAAUCAUUUUUGAUGAAUCAUUGCCCCGCGCUUAUUGGAAACUGGGCCGAAUUAUAGAACUCAUCAAAGGCCCCGGUGAUGAAAUACGGACAGCAAAGGUCAAGACCGGCACAGGAAAUAUUAUUUUGCGAUCACUCAAUCAGUUAUAUUCUAUGGAAAUUAGAACAUCCAUACAUGCUCCAAUUAAGGAUAGUCCUGUGUACACCAACGUUGGUAAAUAUAAGCUUGAAACUAAUAAACUACCAUCGAAAAUCUACAACACAGAUCCGAUACAAAAUCGAAUGGACGAAUUAACACAUACAAAAGCAAUGCCUCGUGCAUCAUCUGAAAAUUUCUAUGAAAACGACAUGUUACCAAACGAAAUUCCAGAGGAAGAACCCUCCUUAGAGAUUCCAUUAUCGGAAGAUCAUUCCGAUACCCCCGGAGAAUCUCCGAAGCACCCUCCUCAUCUAGACCGAUGGUGGAUGCCGGAGAGAAUUCGCAAAACUGUACAAAGUAUGAAGGCAAGAAGGAUGAUGCCAAGAAUACGGGGAACGCAAAAGUUACUACAUAUCCCUAAAGUAAACAAGAAUGUCCUAAUGAUAUUAUGCAUUGUUAUGAUAUCUACCCUCCCUACUACAAUGGCCUCUUCUUGUGAAAACGCGGUGUUAUUCUCAAAAAGAAUCAUAGCAAAUCCACAAUGUAAUGUUAACUUAGCAUUUCUAUCUAUAUCAUUACCAAUUCUGUUUAUACUAGCCGCACUGGCAUGCAUAUGUCGUUUGAAUAAAGGACAGCGAAUAAAUCAAAUGUGGACUAAUCAAUUAAGAACACAGUUUGACAAUAUGAGAUCAAAAUUGACCAGGAAAGAUGAAACAUCGCACGAUAAUCACAUAGAAAUGGAAAUAAUUGAUGCGGAAAGUGAAGAACAAAAAGAACGGCAAGUAGAAGAUGAGCAAUCAUAUUCAGCCUUAAGAAUACCCAGCUAUAUGAGAAUGGGAUCUCGGCUAUCUUUGCUUGCUAUUAUAAUAUCUGUUUCAAUUACCGUAACAAACUGCUGCCAAAACGCACAUAUUCGCAGAACUACCGACUUGAUUUGUUACAAUCGAACGAAUUGCGUUAAAGAAUAUGCGCAGGAGUUUGUAUUCAGUUCACGGGCUAGAGAAGCGUGUAUUGAAUUUUUGCAUAAGAAUGUCUCGAUUGGUUCAGUAGAAAUUACGAGAUUACAUACGAUACAUACAUGCGUUCCGACAUUCAAAUAUUAUACGCGUAACACAAAGAUGAAGGUAUCUUCACAUCAUAGAUGCUCAAGUAUGGGCUCCUGCAAUGAUUCUUGUGGAACAACAGCAGCCACAGUAAGAUUCCAUGAACUUGAACCUUAUACUUCUGCAUUUCAAACAGGAUGUCAGAGGUCAUGUGGAUUUUUAUUUUGUGGAUGCCUGACCUAUGGAGAUUCAUGCAUCCUUUAUAAACUGGAACAUAUUCCUAUCACAGAACUUAUAUACAAAGUUAUCCAAUGCAAUAGCUGGACUACAGAAAUAACCUUGAAAAUUAAAACAACCCUUUUUAAAAAAUCGGAAACCUUAGCAAUAACCAUGUCACCGUACGAAACUUACAAACAUCCACUGUUUAACUUGACUAUAAUCUCACACACAAGAACUCCAGUAUAUGGACUACAGAAGGCAUACGCCCUUUCUGCAAAUAGUUCUUAUUUAGUUGAAGAACAGAGCAUUAUGAUGCACUGUACGACAGAACGAGAAGCAACAAACAAUUUAGUCAAUUGCAGUACAUCGCGACAUUGUGAUUGCUCAGUAAACCAGAGAGGAGAAGCCUCAUGUAAUUGUCCUCAUCAUGAAUUUGCAACUCCAUCCCGGAAGUUGCCACUAAACCAGGUGGAGGGAUCAAUAAAGGAAAUUAACGGGCAAAUAAUCAUAGAUUCGACCUUGGACGAGUCGAAGGUGGCUCUAGAAUCCUCUAUGACGUUAGAGUCACAUACGUUUACAUAUGAGUUUCCAUGUCAUUUACAGUUUAUUAAUAUCACUGGAUGUUAUUCCUGUGAUAAAGGAGCGAAGUUACGUAUAACCUGUAUAUCCGAGAAAGACACUUGGAUAACACUUCAAUGCCAGCAGGCAACAAUAAUGAUAGAAUGCGCUCCGUGGGAACCAUUGAACGAAGUUAUCUACGCAGCAAUACAAGCUUCACCAUCGGACACAUGUACAACAGUAUGUGCUGAUCAAGUAAAGCAGGUAAAAAUUACUGGAAAUUUGUAUUGGGAACCAGAAGAGGAGACACCCCAGUAUGAUCGGUCAACAAAACAAGGAGGUGAUAGUUUUGACGUGAUGCCACUAGUUCUAACCAUGUCAUCUAAUUGGCAAAGGGUGGUAUUGAUAGUAAUAGCUUUAAUUGCUAUUACAAUUUUGAUAUACAUGUUUGCGUCCGCAACGGCCUUACAGUUACUUAAAAUUGCUACGAAACUUGCUAUCAGCAGUAUAACAGCUGGAAAAAGGCUCGUCAAUGUUUUGAAUAGUUUUUUGAAGGAGCCAGCUGAACAGCUGCCAGAAUAA